GGGAAGGCGGGGAAGCCAGGCAUUGCCAUAUAAACAUGGUCCCUUUCCUACCUCAUGGCUGAUACAGCUGCUGUGACUGCCUGAACAGCCUUUGCAGAGCAGCCACCUCCACCAUGAAGAUCAUUGGGGUUCCCCUCCUGCUCUGCACGGUGAUCCUCUUCUGCAGCAGCUCAGAAGCUGCUAGUCUACCUUUAACAACCGUGGACUGCAGCAUUUACAAGAAGUACCCAGUGGUGGCUAUCCCUUGCCCCAUCACAUACAUGCCUGUUUGUGGUUCUGACUACAUCACCUAUGGGAAUGAAUGCUUCUUGUGUACUGAGAGCUUGAAAAGUUAUGGAAAGGUUCAGUUUCUUCAUGAAGGAAGAUGUUAACUCCUCCAUAGACAUGGACGGGGAGCAAUGAUAUCCUGUGUCUUCUUCAUCAUCCCUGGGCUCUGAUGACCUUCUUCCUCCUCAUGGCAGAGGUUCUGGGGGAUGGGAUGGGUGGAGGAUGUGGGGCAGGGGCAGAUGUGGGGUCAUCUCUGUUGAGUGGAGAAAGUUGUUGUGCUUUCCUUCAAACUCAUGCCCAAGUGACCUACUGGCUUCUUUUUGUACCUCAUUAAAAGAAUCUCCCCAGAUAGUUUAUCUUUA